GACAACUUAGGGUGUCCUUAGCAUAUCUUAUUGAUAAAAGCUUUCUGUAAAUGUUAUUUUACUUUUAUUUCAAUCCUACCUAAUAAUAAUAAUUAAUUAAUAACAAUAUUUUAUCCAUACCUAAAUUUGUUAACUUGUUUGAUAAUCAAUAAUAACUAUUUUUCUAAGCAAGUACACAAGUAAAAUAGGUGUUUUCAAGUGUUACCUUUGUGUUGGAGUGGAAGACAACAAAUUAUCAUAUUCCCAAAACCUCCUUAAAAAGGAUUACUUGGAUUAAUUUUUGAUAUUUCUCAAGGAGUCUACAAUAUACAUCAUUAUUAUGACCAUACACCUUUAAUUUUUAUUCAACUUUCAUGUUAGGCAGAUAUCAACUAAUAAAUAUAUUUUUUUUACCCUUUUAUCAUCACAUGAAACUAAAUGAUCACAUUUAUCCCAUGUAAUUAUGCCCAUGUACAGUAAAAUAACUUGAGUGACACAAUGUAAAGAUAUAUACUUUUGAGGAAUAAGGAGCAUAAAAAUUAAAGCAAGAUCCAAUAUUUUUUUUGAAGUAUAUAAUAUUAAACCAUAAGAAACUCAUGGACCGUAUUUUAAUAAUAUGAAGGCAUACUAAUCCAACUAAAAAUAUUCAUUAAUAAUUAAUCAUUCUUGCCAAUAUAUAUAAAGUCCCAACCAUUACUAAACCACACCACAACUCAAUGUAUAUAUAUGUUAGCUCUAUUAACUAAGUUGAUACAGAACACAACAAUUAUUAAUAAUGCCUUUAAUCCAACACUCCACAUCCUCUAAAUCAAACUCCAUAAACUUCGACGAGCAUAGAUGGGUUACACAAAUUCGUCGAACACUCGAAGAAGAGCUUGAGGAUGAUACUGAGGUUCCUGUCUCUAUUUUCAGUGUCUCCAAAAUUCUAAAGGCAAGUGAUCCUGAAUCCUACACUCCACAAGAAGUAGCCAUUGGCCCUUAUCAUUAUUGGCGACCAGAGCUUUAUGAAAUGGAGAGGUACAAGCUAUCCUCAGCUAAAAGAGUCCAAACACACCUCCAAGGUGGCCAUAAGUUUCAACAUCUUGUUCAACAAUUAAUGGAUCAUGAACCCAGGAUUCGAGCUUGUUACCACAAGUAUUUAGACUUUAAUGGCGAAACUUUGGCUUGGAGGAUGGCCAUAGAUGCCUCAUUUUUGCUCGAGUUUCUUCAAGUUUAUGCCAUCAAAGAAGGGAAGAUUCCACCUGGUUUAUCUUCAAGGAUGUCACACUUGGUUGACUACACAGGGAGAAAAUCAGCCCACAAUGCUAUAAUAAGAGACAUAGUUAUGCUUGAAAACCAAAUCCCAUUAUUUCUUUUGAGAAAGAUAUUGGAAUUUCAGUUUUCGUCGCUAGAAGUUGUUGAUGACAUGUUGUUUACCAUGUUGGUGGGAUUUUGCAAGGAGCUUUCUCCAUUCAAGAUGAUGGAAAAUCAAGACUUGCCUGAAAUUGAUGUCUCGGAAUGUGCUCACUUGUUGGACUUCUUAUACGACAUGAUCACACCCAAAAUGGAAGUCCAACAACGACAAGAUCAAGUAAUUGAGGUUGUGGAGGAUCAAAGCAGUGAUGAUAAUGAUCAUGAUGAAGAAGAAGGGAAAGAUAGUUUUUUUACUAAUAGUAACUCUGUAAAAAAGGUUCUCUCUAUAGUUUGGAAGAUGAUUUCUAAGCUAAAUAGAGGUCCAAUAUGUUUCCUAAAAAGGGUACUUUUCUCUAAACCAGUUAAAGUGUUUUUGAAACUACCAUGGAAAAUCUUGUCCAACCUUCCCGGAUUCAGACUCCUGAAAACGCCUAUUGAGUACUUGUUUUUCAAUGAAAAUAAAGAAGAAGUUAAACCAGAAGAAGAGAAUUCAAACAACAAGCCACCAUUGAUUGAAGAGAUCUUUAUCCCUUCAGUGACUGAGCUUUUCAACUCUGGUGUUCAGUUCUUGCCAACAAACGGUAAUAACAUCUCAAACGUUAGUUUUGACGUUAAAACAGUUACUCUCUACCUCCCGACCGUUAGUUUAGAUGUUAAUGCAGAAGCCAUAAUGAGAAACUUAGUGGCUUACGAAGCAUCAAACGCAUCUGGGCCGUUAGUUUUUACACGUUACACUGAGCUAAUGAAUGGGAUUAUUGAUACCGACGAAGAUGUUAAGCUUCUUAGAGAAAGGGGUAUCAUUAAGAACCGUUUGAAAAGUGAUGAAGAAGUGGCUAACUUGUGGAAUGGGAUGAGUAAGUCCGUUAGAUUGACGAGAGUGCCCUUCUUGGAUAAGGUGAUUGAGGAUGUGAACAAGUAUCACAACGGGAGAUGGAAGGUCAAAUUAGGAAAGUUCAUGAAACUUUACGUGAUUGGUUCAUGGCAGUUUCUGACUUUCUUGGCUGCCAUUUUGAUGUUGCUUUUGAUGGCUUUGCAAGCGUUUUGCUCGGUUUAUACUUGUGCUCGCAUUUUUAAUAUCGACACUACCAUAGGUGAUUAGUACUACGUACACUACUUCUGAUCAUUCCUUAUUAUCAAUAACUUGGAUUUGUUUUAAUAUUAAACAAGAAAGCUACAUAUAUGUUUCUUUUA